GAUUCUUUCUUCUUUCCAAUUAUUUCAUGUCUGUGAUUUUGUAACUAACUCCUUCGCUUUCUGCUUACUUGAUUUUCUUUAUUCUCGAUGUCUUCAAUUCACCUUUUGCGUUUGCGUUUCCAUCGUAGUUUCCUUUUUCCAACUACUGAAGCGCAAGUUGAGUUACUUUACUCCUGUUGAGAACCUCAGAUGGAGGGAUCUGAAAAUUUUGAUGCAGGCAGUGACCAAGGGAAUGUAUUGGUGACACCAUAUUAUACCCCAUAUCCAAAGCACGUGCUACCAAAAUCUGGUGUUCAACCUGUUGACAUAGAGUUUUCUCCUAGCUCAGGUGGUGAUAGCUCUGCGGCUUCUAUGAAAGAGGGCCCUGGAUCAUCUUCAUCAUCCUCAUCAUCCUCGGAUUCAGAGCAAGAAAAUCAAGUAGUUGGGGAGGGAAAAACAGAUGAUGUAUCAUGGGAGAGUGAGAAUAGAAGUUAUGAUGAAUUGCUUAAAGAAUUCCUUAAAAAUGAGGAAGAGCUGAAACUUUCCAACUUUAAACUUAAGCUCUCAGAAGAAGAGUUGAAGGUUCAAAUUGAGAAAAGUGAGGGUCAGCUUAAUAAUGCGUUGGUAGAAUUAAAAGUGAAAGAGGAAGAUCUUGAGUAUGAAAAAGGACAGGUACUGGAGUUGCAAAAAAAGACAGCUGAUUUGGAAACACAUGUUCCAGAUUGCAGCCUCAAAAUUGCAAAGUUAGUGGCACAGCUGGAGUUGGCUGAAGAACAGCUUAAGAUAUCAGAUGAUGAAAUUGCAAGAUUAGAAGAGGAACUUAAUAGCAGGUCAUUGGGUACUCGUGAGUUGCAAGGUCAGCUUGAAGUAGCACAGGAUAAUGUGGCUGCAUUAGAGAACCAACUUGACUCAGAGAGAAAGCAGAUUCAUGACCUAGAAGACAGGGUUACAUGGUACAAAACUAAUGAAACCAACAAUGAACUUGAGGUGCAAAAAUUGAAGGCUGAUAUGCUUGAUGCCCAAGCACAGUUCUCAUUGGAGAAGGAUCAGUUGCAUUCUGAGAUUGCACAUUUGUCAGAAGAGAACAAACAGCUGGGCUCCAGACUUGAGGAAUAUAAGUCUAGAAGCAACAUAUUUGAAAACAAAUCAAGGCAAUUUGAAGCGGAAAAACUGAAACUAGAAGAGCUGCUUGCCACCCAACAAAUGGUUUUGCAAGGUGAAAUCAGUUGUUUGAAGGAAGAACUUGAUCAGAGAAGACAUGAUGUUGAAGCUGUGAAUAAGGAAUUUGACAGGCACAGGCAGAAGUAUGACGUGCUCAUGACUGAAAAAGAUGAGGCCAAUGCUAAGAUUCAUAACCUUAUGGCCGAGACAAGAGACCGAGACAAUCACAUUGCAAAUCUGGAGAGAGAGAUAAUCCAGGUAUGUGAACAAAAGGCAGAGCUGAUCACAGGAUCUGCAGCUACACUGAAUCUUGUAAAUGAGUUGAAACUGAAAGUUGAUGAGCUUGAAAAAGAGGUGACUAGGCAGAAUGCAGUGAUCUCAGACAGGGCUGAGGAGAAGAGGGAGGCAAUCCGACAACUAUGCUUUUCAAUUGAGCACUAUAGGAGUGGUUAUAAAGAACUUCUUCAAGCAUUUUCUGGGCACAAGCGUCAUGCCGUUACAGCUGCCUAAAGUUGCAUUCACCCAUGUCUCUUCGUUUUAUUGUGUUGUAGAUCUUUGCGCAUUAUCAAUUUUUCAUGUCGUUCCCUUAUUCUUGUUGUGCAUCUAUACAUUGCUUAAAACUCUUCCUAUCGAAUUAGGUCAAACAUUUUUUAUAUUGGUAAUUGACGUUGAUGAAAUCUCUAUAUUCAGUUCUCAGUCUUCA